AUGUUCAGAGCAACGGAGUCCAAAGAGGAACGAGCAGUAGAAAAUCUCAAUAUGGAAAAUGCCCAACAUGAAAAUGAAGGAGGGGACCAAGCCCCUGUGCAGAAUGAGGAGGAACCUCGCACUUUGGGAGGAGGCAAAGCCCAGAAGCCUGGAAGAAAUGUCAGGGUGGGGCGGGUUAAGCGACUUGUCCCUAAUUUUCAGGGGUCCAUAUCUAACAAGUGUGUUGAUCACAAUGCAGUGGGAGAUAGUGUAGAAAAGAUCACAAAACAGCAGAUGGAUAUCAGGAGAAAGACUAAGGAGCAGCAAAUGAGGCAUGUUAUAUGCUUCCAAACUCCUAAACCUGAUAAUCAUUAUGACUUCUGCUUUAUAUCUUGA